GUUGAGUUGUGUAUUGACUGUAUCAUUCACAAGUAAUGAAACAAGCCAUUGUCCUAUAUAGAUCUAUAAAAGAAUUUCUAAUGACUCGGACUCGAAAGCGUAAACUGUUGUAUUAUCAAGAGUUGGUCCAUAAAACUCAAAGUCUGCGGAGUAUUGGGAAAUUCCGCCUCGACUUUGCCUCAGUUCAGUGAUUUCCUACAAAUAAGAAAGCAGCUAAAUUCUGACAUUCCACGUCACGUUCACGUCAGUUGUUAUCUGGCCGCACCCAGGAUACUACUCAGUUACUUCUCCCCAGGGGACUAUAGCGUGAAUAACACAGGGAUAUGGGCUUUAUCAGCUGAUAUCGACACAAAGACGGUAUUUUUGAAUAAGUGAGUCGACCACAACUUCAAGAUGGCGAUGAACCGUGGUCCGCACGUGCGUGACUUAUUUAUUGGACAAUCGUCUGCUGGCUUUGAGUACGAAGGUAAAGAAGGUAAAAAGAAAUACAACUUGAACGGCAAAGGAAAAAGUGGUGGGUUCUCCCAACUGGGAGCCUACAAACCUAAAAUACUCUCCAAUGAUGGGAUUGGGAAUAUUGCGAUUGACAACAGCCCUAAACCUGAACAUAGCGAUAGAGACAAAGUUGGAAAGGUGAACAAAGCUUUCAUCAUCGGUGACAAAGAUAUUCCGAUGACAAUUGAACCAUCUGAGAACAUUUACUCAGAAAUACAGGAAACAUACACUGCCUCUUCCUCGGAUGCUGGCGACCAGUUCCGUUCCAACCCCAUCUUUAACGACUCUGCGACAUCACCGACGUUGCACCAUGGAAACGUGUACCGAGAGCAAAGGUCCCAAUCUAGACCGAGCGUUCCGUCGGAGAGGAUUGGCGGCAUGGAUAUCCCUGCUCCUGAUUACGAAGAGGAAGAAAUGACUCUGGACUUUGAGGGUGAUGAUCUAGCCCACGCCAAGAGAAGGAGCAGUAUAUAUAAGGAGUUUCCUGGGGAGGACUUCUCUCGGUACCUCUCCGACGAUGAGGAGGAAUAUGAAUUCGAUCGCCCCAUCCACACAGUUAGAUCAAAACCACCAGUUUCACGAAAGGUUCUUCAGAAGAAGGAAAGCAGUAAGUCUCGGACAGAGGCACGGAGAGUCGAGAAGCCUAAACGAGAUUCAACAAAGACGUUGUUCAAACAAAAUGCGAAGAACAGCGGGAAGACGACAUUGAGGUAUUAUAGCGUUAAUGAUACCAAGCUGGGUAUCGGGGUUGAUGGUACGGUACGCAAACAACAGAAGAAGUCCUUACGUGACGGCGUGCCCUACGAGUCCUCCUACGAGUCCUUCUUGCAGUCACGGAAUGGCGGCCCGCGGUGGGGAAGCCUAGAGAGCGCGAGCAGCGACAGCGGGCACGAAACCGGAGAUGACAUUAAACGUGGUGUAAAAGGUCGCGAUAAGAACGGAACAUUCUGGAAGAAACUCACGAUAAAGUUCAAACAAACUGGAUAUAAUCUUAAACAUUGAUAGUUUGUGAUUCGAUGUAUUGUUUCAGGGAGUAGAACGUGACGGUUACCACUUGAACCCCUUCGUGGAUGAUUCCAGCACUGCUACCUCCGUGGCGUCGUGGCGUGUACAGUCAGGUACGCUGUUGCAGUGAAUGAUGUUGCUGCAGAUGUACAACAGCAUUGACAGUGCAUAUCAGUGUACUGUACGUGAGGGAUGAUGUUAUGGUGUCUCAGAACUUCACCAUGUGAUCAGUUUGGACAAUUGUUGAAGGAAUGGGUAACCACUCGUCCUGUCUCAAAACUUGUGAUACCUUGGAGUCAGACGGUUCCAGUUGUUACAGCCGUUGCUGCAUUCACGGAUGUUGAAUAACCACAACAUGCCAUAUAGUAUGUGAUUGUCGUAGGAUAUUACGCAUUUAGAUCCAUGUUUUGAAGUAAUCAUACGAAGCCUCAUUUCAUGUUCGUCAUGCAGAAUUUAUCAAUUUCAUCAGCAGGCUUGGUGCGGACACAGAGAUAUCACAAUCAUGGUCAUAAUAAAGUUAAAAGCAGCAUUACUUCCCACGUAAGACGUUAGAACUAUGAAUAACGAUUGUGUUUUCAUUUCAACGCAUAUCCUGACUAAGAGACAGUGUUGUAUUCAUAAUACAUAUGUUCAUAUUCAUCUCAUUAACGUCCAGUCUGUAUGGGGAUUUAACUGUUUAUGCAAGAGUGUAGAACGCAGGUCAUAGUGUCAGGCCGUCUAUCCCAAGAUAAUGUCCGACAUUGUUGAAAGAGAUGAUCAAUUAAUUUCUUAUGUGGAAAUGUAAUUACUGCCUACAUACCCAUUAUAUCUAUCAUUCUUCCAUACAUAAUUAAAUCUUCUAUACAGUCGGUUUCUGGUUGUGUGUCGUAUAGAAGAGAAUUCCGCCAGUGUAUUCCCCCGUCGUCUGCUUCCUGUUCAUGGAAUGCAAUGUCAUCUAACUUGUCAUAUCAGUGUCAUAUACCCUUGCUUCUUGUCAGAGCCGACAGCACUGAUCAUUGCUCAUGUUUUUCAUGAACCAGACUAUUUUUUCAAUGAUGUGUGAGUAGGAUAGUGCCUGACUGCGAUGUAAUUAUAAAUUGUCAAUGCAAGAGAAUAGCCUAGAUUUUCUGCCGAAACAUAUUCCACUUGGCGUAACGGGCAAAUAGGUGUGGAAAUUAUAGGGAUGGACCACUGAAAAUCAGUGAUGACCCUAGGUGUUCGCGAAAAGGGUUAGCAAGCAUGGCCACUCUUUCACUAAUGACAGUCGCAUGGACGCCCUGGUGACAUAUAUUUUUAUGUACGCCAUAAGGUCAUUAGGAAUGACAAGUGAAUUAUAUGUUGAACGGAAACCAAUCAAGGAGUGUCCAAGUCAUAGAAAAGUUGCAUAAUAUUUGCGUCAAUAACUAUUCUAUAACAAUUGGGUCAAUAUGAAACACUUUGACAUGGUGUGUUCACAACAAGACCACAAACCCAACAAUUACAUGAUCACAAAGCAAACAUAUCGUAGACGAACCCUUACUUUUUCCUAUCAGUAUAUAUUCACAGAUUCCACGAUGAUCCAAAACAGCGGAACAUGCGUUUAGCGUUUAAGCCUAGUCGAUAAGUAGAUAUGUCUUGAUUUGUGUAUUCUUCAAUUCAUUAAUUUUGUUUUGUUUUCAAAAUUCAGAAUUCUGAUCAGUAUUGUUAGCGUUGGGAAUGAGAAGUGGGUCCGCAGCACACCAGUAUCAGACACCAGUAUCAGAGGAGCAGCACGUAUUGACUGAUACCACAACUCUGUUGUCAUCUUUCGCUUUCGACCUUCAUAUGACAAUUGCCUUUCCCUGGCGUUAACAAACACGUGCUCUUCCUUUUGAGUGAGUUAAUGCUUCACGUCACAUCGACAAUGCUCUGGGUAAUCACUAGCCUAGAAACCAAGUAUGUAAUAUGUAUAGUUAUGACACUAAUCAAAGUGGAUAAACAAUUGUGUGAGGUUUUUUCGACGAACAGUAUAUCUGUACUCAAUCUAUGGUGGGGAUGUGUUGAUGAGGGAGACAUUGAAUGUGAGGUUGUUAUGAUUGUUUUUAUAUGUGUUUCAUAUAUUUGUACAUUGCCACAUGUUGUCCCGAGUUGUAAAUAAUGUAUAUGCUACCAUGCAAUAAAUUGACCAUUUCUAUCCAA